CCCAGUGCUUAUGAACGCAAACAUGUGGACACUGUACCCAGGAAGCUUGCACGCGGUGGUUUAAUCUCCUCGACCAGCAGAGCAGGAACUUGUCUGGUCUGUGAAUCGAGGGAAUCUGGUGCCCACUCAUUUCCUGUGCUGACACCUGUGUGAGUGAACGUUGCCAUGGCAACUACGCCUCAGAGCCACAUGGGAACACAGAGGCUGAGCCCCAGUGACUUUCUAAUCACAGCUUUCAGGACUUACCCCAAAGAUCCAACAGAGGAUAUUAAAAUCAGACUGCGCCGUAUGCUGCAAGAGUUCGUGCAACACUGUGAAACCCAGGAAGAAAAUGAGAUGAAAAGAGAACUGGUAGAAAAGUGUUGCAUUGAAGCUGAGAUCUGCUAUUACAAGAUCUUGGAGGACAUUGUCAAAGAACCAAAGUGGAGAGCUGACAUCUCAAUAAUUUUAAAUCAAGAGCUAGUCCAGAGCUGUCUGGUGGCCUGCUGUCUGGACAUUACCGUGACAUCAAACCAACUACCAUGUGACUUCACUGUGCUUCUUCAGAUCUUCAAACUGGCUGCAUACCACUUCCCACUGGUGAUUGGGUUGGUGAUGUGGUCUUGGAAGGAUCGUUCAUAUGUUAAUGCCAAACACCUCCACCAAGUUGAAAUAAAGAUUUUGGAGCGCUUGGCCUGGACCAGUGACUCACUGCUGUGGAAGGAAAUUAAAACCAAUGACAACCGUUUACCUGCCUGCCAAGAGGUAAUGUCUGCAACGCAGCUCGAAGAUCUAAAGAGAGCAGCAGUCCCACCUGAACCUGACCAACCACAAGCACCUGCGAGUUUGGAGAUUCCUGCUGAUGCGGACCAUCGGUGUUCCAGCUCAGCUACAACUAGACCUCAGAAAAUCAUCCUCAUGUUUAUUUGCAAGGUUUACAAACUGAUGGCAUAUCGCUUGAGUGAGAUGUGCUCCAAACUGAGCAUCUCAGAUGAGCUAAGGGGGAACAUCUGGACCUGCUUUGAGUAUUCCCUUGUCCACUGCAGCUCCCUCAUGGUAGAUAGUCACCUGGACCAGCUGCUCUUGUACACCAUUUUCAACACGACAAAGAUAACCAACACCAAUCUAACCCUCAAUGACAUAGUGGACUGCUACAAGUCUCAGCAAUAUGCCAGUAAGACUGUCUGGGAAGACAUGCUAAUCUUACAAGCUAUGGAAACUAUGCCCACAGAAUUAAAUGAUGAGGGAGACCACACAGGUAUUACACUGACCCCCAUCACACCAUCAGGAGCUGAGAUGAAAGACAGUCUCAUUCAUUUUCACCGAGAAUAUAGAAAGAAGAUGCAGCACUUUGUCCAGCAGUUUGCCCCAAACUUUGGGGGAGACACUCCUCAGUCUCCAUACCCCCUACUGCGGAAAGUAAGUCGCCGCCUGCGUGACAACAUCUCCGUCUCACUUUUAACAGAAAGCAACUCGACCCGUACACCUGGACUCUGCUACUACUUCGGCUCAAGCACCUCAGAGUGUCUACAUGAGAUCAACAGCAAAGUUCAAGCAGGCGUUUCACACAAAAGGGCACGCUGUGCUUUAUUAUUAGAUAACGUGGAUGAAGAGGACGAUAGUCCUUCAUCCAGAAGACGUCAUUUGGACGGUCAGUGCGCUUUGGAGAGGCGACUGAAAAGUGUUGUAAAUGAUCGAGCAAAAGUAGGGAACCAGGACUAACUUUUUUCACUCCAAGCCACAGGGUGGAG